AUUUAAUAAGCGGAUCAAUGGCAUCAAAGAAGAAGUGACAGACUUUAAAUAAUACCCUCAAUUCUCAAGAAAUCUCAGGAGCAGAUAAGGAAAAUCUUCAAAAGACCAUCAGACACCAUAUGAGGUUGAGCAGUAUUGACAGCAGAGGAAUGGAUGAAGAUUUUGACCAGAGCUGACUCAGCCUCCUCUCAAAAUUCCCAAAGAUGUCCAAUCUUAUGAACCUCGUCAAUUCCAGUGUGAGCAAGGUAGACAUGUACAGGAUGAAGCUCAAGCUUGCAAAUAUUGAAAUUAGUGAUCUUAAAUAAAACCUUGAAACAGAUUCAGAAGAGCUAUAUAGAUGUCAACAAUAAAGCUUGAUGUGACAAAAAAGAUUGUAAUUGAGCAGCUAAAAGAUUCUGCCCUAUCUGUAAAACCAGUUAUGUUGACAAAACCACUGAAAACUUCUUGAAAAUGGAGCAAGAGCUAGUCACUCUGAAGAAGAAGUUCGAAAUCAUUAACAAGGAAAAAGAGAGGAAGGAGGACAACUACCAAGAAGCGGUGAUGAUCAAAAAUGAUCCUGAUAGCUACAUUAGCAAGAAAUUGGAUGAAAUGAAAGUAGAAAUCAAGCAUCGAAUAAAAGAAAAUGAAAGACUCCAGGUUUUGCUACAAGAGAAAGAAUCUACUAUUCGUACUAUCACUGUGGCUCACACUGAGUUUAAAUAUCAGCUUGAUACCAUGAAGGAGGAGUUAUUUUAUAAUAGAAAUGAGAAAGAGAAUCUUUCAAGAAAAUUAAGUAAUAUUGAAAAGAACGAUAAUAAAACAGUAACCAUCCAGAAUGAAAGUCUGAAAGAUCAAAACAGAAAGCUCCUCCAAACCUUGAUGAAGCUACUGAAAACUAAUGAGGAGGUAACUAAGCCCUCUAACUCGAAGAAGACCGUCAAAAGGCCUUUAUCAAAUAGCAUGAAGAAUUCCACUGUUCUUCUAAGUAAUAUCCACAGAUUAAGUUCUCCAUCGCCAAGUAAAUAGAAGAAAGUCUAGUAAAAGAAAGAUUAAGAAGCGUAAGAUGUCAAGUGGAACAAGGAAGCCUAAAUAUUUCAACAAAGGAAGGAAUAUCCAUCCAAGCGAGACUUCUCCUUUUUCUCUGAUGUUCAACCAGUUGACACCAUUAAUGAGCAACGCUCAUGACAAAAACAUUCAGAUGUACUCCCAACAUUUUCGGACUGAAAAACAAGAUCUUCAUGACGCGAAGGUGAAGAUUAACAACCUCCAAAUGUACAUCGGCAGUCUCAAGAAUGAAAAUAGGAAAAUAAAAGAGAAAUUUAAAAAGGUUAGGAGAGCACUUGAAAACGCUAAUGCAGAGACUUAUCGAGCUUAUGACCAAUCCAAAUUUUUCUCUCAAAAGAUCCAUGAUAUUGUUGAAGAGCAUAAGAAGAAUACUUCUUAUGCAGAAACCUUAGAAGCCUUAGUCAAAGCUCAGAAUUGGAUGCUGGACAGCCUUAAAGAAGUAGCAAGAAGUGCAAAGAAGGAUGCUAAAGGAAGAGUUGUCAGAUUCAAGCAAGAUCUUCAUGAUUAUAAGAUCAAACUCAAGAACUCAUAUGACUCACUGGGUUUUGGAGAUCCGACUGCCUCCUUAAAUGGAUCAAAUGAAAUAAAAUCAAAAGAAUUUAGCCGAAGUGGAGAAGAAAAUGACUAUAUUCCCCAAGAGAAAAGCCAGUUGUUAGAUCUAAAGAUUCGCUUGCUCAGUGAAGAAGAGGAUACUGAAAAGAUUGAGAUAGAGCCUAACCCAGAUGAAGGAUUCAUCGGAGAGAAUAGUGUACUUGAGCCCUUGAAUAAAAACCACCAGGACUCUCAAAAGACUAAUGAACCUAUCAUUCCUGAAAAUGAACUAAGCUUCUUGAAUAAUUCUGAUUGAGGAAAAGUCACCCCAGAGCUGUAUAAGAAUAUGAAUGACGAUUCAGAUGAAGAGGAAGAUAGCCAAAAGAGCAAUAAAAAGAAGCAAGAAGAAGAGAAUAGUGUUGUUGAAGAUGAUAAUGAUGAAUAUCAUUUCAAGCAAAUGGCAGGAAUGGAAUAUCCUGAAGAUGAUUCUCGAGACUAAGGGAUUUCGAAUAUUAACAUAUCCCUUCCAUCAAUAUAUUCUAUUCAACUUGAGCAUUAA